CUCCCGUUGAAAUGGAAACUGUAGACGCUGAGAAAUAAAAACUGAAAUGGCAAACAAUCACGCUUAUUUUGUUUCAGGAUAACAUUGGCGAUGUAUAAGAACUCUUUCCUGCAUAUCUCGUAUACUUAAAGCGGCCGUGGUUUCAGAUUUUCAGCCUGCAAAGCUGUGUCCGCGCCCCCUCCUUGAGUACUUGCAGUUCUUGUCCCCCCAAGAGGAUAAGAAUACUUCAUAAAAACGGUCUGUCUGCUGUUUAAAUACACUUUCAAAAUAACCAAAGAAGAGAAUUUCAGGGUCACCUCAUGGGAAAAUCCCUCAGUGCUGAUGUGGAGCAGAGGGCAAUAGAAUGAAUCACUGGCCUGUUGAGUUUGUGUGUCAUUAAAAAAAAAAAGCUAGAGAUGAGAUAUUAACGCAUGACAAUGGACACCCUGAGGCAAAGCCAUGCUGAGUGAACUUGUGCCAGUGUGGAGAGACCAUUGCAACAGGGUCCAGAGACCGUGAAGGAGCAUUUCUUCGCUGUGCUGCAUGUUGGUGAAUCUGAACAAUCAUCUGUGAUUCUGCAACGCUCCCUGAUUCCUUCUGAGAUGAGCCAGUUGUUCUGUGAGACAGAGAAGGAUGGCCCAGAGGCCGCAUGUGGGUCGCCCGAGCCCUCGGCCUGUGCUAUCAACAUGGAGAAGGAGCAGGACAGCUGCUGGAGCCCCAUGGACAGCCCCGCCCUCCUGCGUACAAACUCCUCUUCCUCCAGUCUGGCGGUGGCGAUGCCGGCCGACCCCCAGGGCUACGACGUGGAGUUCGACCCGCCUCUGGAGAGCAAGUACGAGUGCCCCAUCUGUCUGAUGGCGCUGCGGGCGGCUGUGCAGACUCCUUGCGGCCACCGAUUCUGCCACGGCUGUAUCAGGAAGUCGCUCCGGGACGCGGGACAGAAGUGUCCAGUGGACAAUGAGGUGCUGAUGGAGGAUCAGCUUUUUGCUGAUAACUUUGCCAAGCGUGAGAUCCUCUCCCUCACCGUACGCUGUCCGAACAGUGGCUGCAGCCAAAAGAUGGAGCUCCGGCAGCUGGAGGACCAUGUGGCACAAUGCCAGUUCGCCACGGUCCCAUGUCCGCUGUGCCAAGAUGUGGUGCGGAAGAGCCAGUUGGAGGAGCACAGCAGCCGGCAGUGUCCGCGCAGGCCCGUGACCUGUCCUGACUGCGCGCAGACGUAUGUCUACGAGGAUGGAAUGCUCCACGAAAAGCUGUGCCCGCUGGCUUACGUGGUCUGUGACUACUGCAGCAUGGAGCUGAUCCGAGACCAGCUGGCAUCGCACUGUGACACGGACUGUCUCAAGGCCCCGGUCGCCUGUCCAUUCAGCCCCUUCGGCUGCCAAGAACGGAUGCCACGGAACGACCUGGCGCAGCACAUGCAGGAGUUUACGCAGAUGCACAUGCGCUGUAUGGCCGACCGUCUGCGCGGCCUGGGUAGCGGGUGUCCCGUGGCGGGGGCUCCAUCGGCCGAGGAGCGGAGCUGCGGGGCCAGGGCCGGCGCCCGGUCCACCCCCCCCUGCGAGUGUGGCCCUGUCCUACAGCACAUGCGGGAGACGGUGCGGGAGCUGGAGUGCCGCCUGGUGCGGCAGGACCAACAGUUGCGUGAGCUGAGCAUCCACAGCGAGACGCAGGCGGCGCAGCUGGCCGAACUGCGGCGGCAGGCCCGCGUGCUGGAGGAGCGCGUGCGCGAGCAGGAGGCGCAGCAGUGUCAAGGCGUCUACGUGUGGCGCGUGGAGGGCUUCUCCGCCCACCUGCGCUCCCAGGAGGCCGGGCAGCCCGUCGUGAUUCACAGUCCUGGCUUCUAUACAGGCCGCCCAGGCUAUAAGCUGUGCCUGCGGUUGCACCUGCAGACACCCAACGCUCCCCGCUGCUCCAACUACAUCUCCCUGUUCGUGCAUACCAUGCAGGGUGACUUCGACAGCCAGCUGUCCUGGCCCUUCCAGGGCACCAUCCGGCUGGCCAUUUUGGACCAGGUGGAUAACCAGCACCACAUGGAGGUGAUGGAGACCAAGCCAGACCUGCUGGCCUUCCAGCGGCCCACGUCACAGCGAAACCCCAAGGGCUUUGGCUACGUCACCUUCAUGCACCUGAACGCCCUGCAGCAGCACCAGUACGUGCGCGACGACGUGCUCCUGGUGCGCUGUGAGGUCACGCCACGCUUUGACAACUUUGUGCGCCGAGAGGGCUUCCAGCCACGCGGCCCCGAGCCCUCCCUGUGAGCGGCCCCCAAAGGGAGAGGCUGGGAGGGGCCCCAAAGAGGGGCUCUGCUGCUCCACUGCCUACUUUGAUGAUAUGGGUGCCUCUGAAUGUGUGUUAGGCAGUCAGACAGCUGAUCUGACACCUGAGCAAGUGAUUAGAAUCUUGGUAUGUCACUGGGAGAAAUUCCUUUAGACAAUCCACCUGAAGAUGAAAAUCUAAGGUUUUUCCCCUUUCAUUUUGGAAAUUGUUCUCAUUUUUUUUAAAAAUCGUGGUUAUCGGAAUAUUCAGAAUGUAUUUGUUCUGUUUUUAUGCCUGUGUGCCAGUAAGCGUGUUCCUCUUGGGCUUUCCGGAAGACCCCUCUGGCUGUCAUGCACCUCACUCCCAGAGACUGCUCACGCUCCUUAUGCAUUUGAAGUGCUGUUUUACGCCCUCUGUCACUCUGCACUUUUAAAUCAUUAUUUCUAACCAGACCUGAAUGCUGAGGAAUGGCUUAUUGCUUUUCUACCAGUUCUGCAUUGGGGUGUUCAGCCCAAAGACUAAUGCCAAAGCGGCAUCACGAUGGUGACAUGACCCAUCACAUCUGAAUUUCGUUCUCAACAGGUGUGGCUCCUUUGGUCUUACGUGCGAACCAGUGCUUGAACUUUAUUUACCUGCCCUGGCAACACUCAGCAGAUCAUAAGACCAAACUAUGGACCUGAGUUUCAGUAACCCAGGUAGUGGAUCACAUGCCCUAGUGCCAUGACCCUGAAAGUGAGGUGCUUUUGGAACCAGGGUGCUUCUGUGGAUCAAGCAGUGCUGAUGUUUUUGUACUGUGUGAUGCUGCCUAUUUCAUUAUUUAACAAUGUGGAAGGAACUGUUCACCUUAGAGUAUUGUAGCAGAUGUAUAUGCUUCAAAAACUCCAUUCCUGUGUACCUUCCGACCGCUGAUCGUGUUACAGCUGGUGAUUAUGUAAGGGUAGUGUGUCAUACUGCAGGUUAGAACACUGUGCUGUGGGCGGGAAGGUCACUGGUUCACAUCCUGCGGUCAGCUGAGCGAUUUCAGCGUGGGGCCCUUAUGCAAGGCUCUUAACCCCAAGUGCUGGGGGGACGGUCUGCCCCUGCUUUCUCAUGUGUCACUUUGGGUAAGUCUUAAGACAUGGAACCGAAAGGUAAUGGCUGAAUCUAGUGAUCCUGCAUCGCUUAGCUUUCUGUAAAAGAGCCAAAUGUUUGUCAUUUGCACAAUUAUAGUAAAACUGAAAUUUGAAAUGG